AUGGAGGCAGUGACUGCUGCUCCACAUUGCUGGCUGCUUCUCAUUGUAUUGAUCGUGGCAGUGAUGCUGUUACUGGGGAUGAAACGUUUACCACUGCUUGUUCAUAAAACAAUUGCCAGAACCAUUGUGUUACAAGAAAGCAUCGGCAAAGGUAGGUUUGGGGAAGUUUGGAGAGGCAAGUGGUGGGGAGAAGAAGCUGCUGUGAAGACAUUCUCUUCUAGGGAAGAACGUUAGUAGUUCUGAGAAGCAGAGAUUUAUCAGACUGUGCUGUUAUGCCAUGAAAACAUCCUAGGAUUUAUAGCAGGAGACAACAAAGACAAUGGCACAUGGACUCAGGGGUGGCUGGUGUCGGAUUACCAUGAGCAUGGAUCAUUUUUUGAUUUCACUCUGUCCACAGCAAGCAGUCUUGCCCAUCUUCACAUGGAGAUUGUUGGUACCCAAGGAAAGUCAGCUAUUGUUCACAGAGAUUUGAAAUCAAAGAAUAUCUUGAUAAAGAAGAAUGGAACCUGUUGUGUUGCACACUUGGGACUGGCUCUGAGACAUGAUUCUGCCACAGACACAAUUGAUAUUGCUCCAAACCACAGAGGAGUCAAAAAAAACCCUGCAGUGAAUCAUGACUAUGCCUAA